UGCCAGUGUAGCAGAAAUGAUGACGGAUGAUGAUGGCAGCAGCAGCCGUUCUUCUCUGCUCGCCGUGGCAGAGGUUGGUGCGGAGAAUGACCCGUUUUUUCACUACUGUCAGUGCUGAUGACUCCUUAACUGCCCUGAAAGACAUCUGUGAAGGCCUGGCACUUGGUUUCAAACUCACUAGCACCAAACAGGGUGAUGGUUUGGAGUUCAAGCGUCUCUUUGUGAAGAUCAAACACAAGCUCGGUGACAUAAUCAGCACUCAGAAGAUUUUGGUCCCCAUCUAGUGAGCAGAUCUACACACUCUCUACUGUGGACUGUAGAGAGGCAAACCUGUGUAUAUAUUUACUUGUUUUGUUGCUGUUUUUCAUGUGUUCUGCUGUUUUGUUUUUUUGCUUUUCUAUCAUUGUGUUAGAGUUGAGGUGAAGUCUGACUCUUCUUAGUAAAUAGGUGUGUGUGUGUGUGUGUGUGUGUGUGUGUGUGUGUGUUAGAGUAUGUCUACAUUGUCAUUUGUGUUUCUGCUAUUAAAGACUGAUGAGUUCUGAUUAUGUUUAAACAGUCCAAAGUCUUGAAUAAAUUAUUAAAAGACCAAA